AUGGAGCAAAAGCUUCUCUCGAAUUUCGGACAAAUUUGCAAAAACCAAACAAAAAUAUCUCUAAAACCCUUCUCUAUCGCUAGAACUCUCCUUGUAAACCCCUCAACCUCCGAUCAGACAAUCUCUUCCAUCCUCCAAAACCUAGAAACCCUAUCAACAGCAGUAGCAGCAUCAAACCCUCAAUUCUACCAUCUCCAUGUCAUCACCCUCCUCUGUGAAAUCUCCAUCGUCCGCCGCCAUUUCUCCCCCCGCAUCACCACCACACUCCACUCUCUAUCCCUUCACUGCCCCAACAUUACCCCACGUGCCGCCGGACUUGCACUCUCUACCUCUGUUCCAUAUAUCCCGCUUCCGCGUCCAACUUGGUUUCCGCGUUUUCAGAGAGGACCGAGGGAUUGUUUUUAUCUCUCUGCUUCGUGCAUUGUCGUUGAAGAUCGUGGAAUGAUUGAAGGAUGUUACCUUCGUGCUGUUGAGCUCUUGUUUGAUACUGAGGAAUGCGUGAGAUGCUCAGCUGUUCAUAUGGUAAGUGAAUGGGGGAAAUUUCUAGUGGCAAAUAGUGAGGGCAAAAGCAAAAGAGAUUGGUCAGAUUCAUUGUAUGUACAGCUCUGUUCAAUGGUGAGGGACAUGAGUAUGAAUGUCAAAAUUGAAGCUUUUAAUGCUCUUGGGAAGUUAGGAAUUGCAUCUGAGUAUAUUCUGAUGCAAACCCUCUCCAAGAAAGUCUUGCCAAUCACCAAAGAAAAGACAUUACAUGGUCAACUCUCAAGAAAGCAUUCCAAUUUACCAGCUUCAACUGCUGCUGGAGCUUUUAUACAUGGAUUGGAGGAUGAAUUCCAUGAGGUAAGAAGCUGUGCAUGUUAUUCCAUGAGGAUGCCUGCUAUUCUUUCUGCUGACUUUGCUACUGGAGCCUUAGGUUUGUUAAUGGAUGUGCUGAAUGAUGAUUCAGUUGUUGUAAGAUUACAAGCUCUUGAAACCAUGCAUCAUAUGGCAGUUUAUGGCCAUUUAAAAGUGCAAGAAAUGCACAUGCACAUGUUCCUUGGUGCUCUAAUCGACAUGAACUCAUCAAUAAGAUUUACAGCAAGGAAAGUACUUCGAUUAACCAAACUCCAUGAUCUGAUUCUGUUUAAACUAGUUGUUGAUAGCCUCAUACAGAGUCUAGAGAAAUAUCCACAAGAUGAGAUAGAUGUUCUUUCUCUUGUAUUUGAUAUUGGUCGAAAUCAUGGAAGUUUUGCUAUUAGCAUCAUUAAAGAAUUCUUUCCAGAGAUGGACCCUUCUUCUUCAUGCAAUUGGGAUUUCAAUAGUUCAAAAACUGCUGCACACCUUGUAUUGGCCAUAUCUGUUCCACUCUCUCAUGGAAAGCAACAACAGUUGGAUUUGGAUAGCAUUCCAUCAAUAAUAUUUUCUUAUGCUGUUACAAUUCUUGGAAGAAUAUCUAGAAGCUUGACUGGAGUGAUGAAUCAGGACACACUUUUGGCUUAUUUGUCACAUUGUAGUAGAUCAAGUGGACCCCACCCUAUAGAGUUGAUGAAAGGGGAAGACAAGAUGGUUGAAGAUGAUGUGGCAACUAAGAUAGAUAGUCAAAUAACGUGUCCUGUCAGUGUCAGAUUAGACAUGGUGCAUAAUAAUAAUGAUGGUGAUUUUGAAACGCAUGAUAAUUCAGAUAAUUAUAUUAAGUUUAUCCUUGCUAAUAUUGUUCAAGUAUGGCCUUUGAUGAAGUUUGGAUGCAUACAUGAAGUGCUUACAACACUAAGGAGUUGGAAGGAAGAACUAGCAACAUUUAUCACUGAUCCAUCAUGUCAAUCCAGUUCUCAUUUAACAUUUACUUCACAAUAUCUUGAUGUGGUGAAACUACUUUCAAAAGUAUGGUGGCAUGUUAUGUGCCCAAUGGACUUAAUAUGUAAAGAAUCAGGAAACUUGGGGUACAUUUUGCAAAAACUGGAAAAUAAACUCCGAGAAUUACAACACAGGUUCAUCGGGUUGAGUAAAGAAGAGGAGCUACAUAUCCAGGAGCUGACACAUGUCGCCUCUACACUAAAAUCGUCUAUAUUCAAUGAAUCUUUAAUAAAAAAACUAGAGUUUUUUUCCUUAAAAGAAAUUAUAUUCCAGAAAAACAUAAAAUACAUGGAUGCAGAAGUUGAUGUUGGGGACAAAUACAAAUACAAAUACAAUGACUGGUUAAAUCCGAUUCCCUUUGUGGCUGGACUACCUGUUGGAAUACCAUUAAAGAUUAGGUUACAUAAUGUAGCAAUUGAGACUAAGUUAUGGGUAAAAAUGACAAUGUAUGAGAAGUUGAGGGAGUAUGUGUAUGUUGAUUUGAAACAAUUUGAAGGUUGUGAGAAGGAAUGGAAUGUUUGUCUGAGGAGGAGGUUGAUGGUUUUAGAGGGCAUGGUGGGCCCACACAUGAGCUUGUUUAUCUUUGCAAGGAAAAAGAGGUGUUCCUUUCUAUGGUUUUGGUUGUUUGUUGCAAGUGAAGAGUUUUGUUGGCUUGAAGGUUUCAGGUUGAGGCAGAUUCUUUGAGCGUCCUUGUAUUUCCUUUAAUCCUUCUUGGAAUAACGACAGUGAUUAUGCACCAGGUUUUGCACCUUGCGAUGCACUAGGAUGUUUUGCAAAAUGAUUUUAUAUGUAUUUUUGGUUUGUAAAAAUGAAUAUGUAUAAAACUAAAAAUUUACAUGUUUUUACGGCCGAACAUAUAUGAAACAAAGUAUAUAAACUUUUUGGGAAA